AUGUUUAUUUGCUGGAUUUUGUUUCUUGCACCUUUAGUGCAAGCCCAAAUAAGGUUCUGCGAAGUAUCAGGAUCAUGCAGACAGUGUCCAGAUAAGCGAUACACAUAUUACAGAUGUAACACUCAGAGAGACUGCUUAAACGGAGAAACUUGUAAUGAAGGAUUUUGCUGUCCUAACAUUCUCAAUCAUCAACCUCUAUCUCUUCCGCAAUAUAACCAAACUUCUCCUGCCGAAAAACCAGUAACAGUUUUUCCAACACGUGCGACAGAGCCUUUUCCGCUUCCACCGCUUUUCCUAAGAGAUAACACAAUUGUUGCACAAAAUAAUGACGUUGAUGAGAAGUGUGGAGAUGGUUCCGACUGGACCUAUCGGUGCAAAAUGGACGCUGACUGCUCGGGUUUUACGAUAUGCAUGGAGGGCAAAUGUUGUCGAACUUGUUCCACAAGAAGACGGGAAAUACUCGAUAAACUGGCAACAACAGAAAUAUUAGGUAGAUCAAUACCGCAAUGCACACUAGAUGGAAAGUACUACCGAGAAAAGCAAUGUUUUGCGGGAACUGUCGAAAACUGCUGGUGUGUCAGUAAAACCGGAAGAAAGUUACCGCCAUCCGAUAUGGAAUGCCAAAUUCAAAUCCGCCGUAAAGAAUCUUACUGGGCGCGAAAAGCACAAAUACUCAAAGACGAGCUCAAGAAAAAUGAUAUGAAAAACUGUACGAUAAGUCGUGAUGGAUCUUGUCCAAAGUUGAAGGAUGCCAGUUUUAGACCCGCUAUGUAUUGUAGAUGUGAUGAGGACUGUUACGGAAAAAAAAAGUGUUGCAACUUCGAAGACAACAAUUCGUGUGCUGAUCCGGUGGCUUCUACUGAUGACGUAACCCUUUUAUGUGCAAGUAACGAACAGUUUUCUGCAUGCCAUUCGCCAUGCCAACCCACAUGUGAAGAUCCAGCGAUUCUUCCAUGCCCGUCACCAACAUGUCAAGCAGGAUGCCAUUGUCAACCAGGUUUUGUUAGAAGAGAUGGAUCACCACAUUCCCCAUGUAUUUCGAAAUCAGAGUGCACAAUGUUUGAUGUAACCUCUCAAUGUUCUGAUCAGCGGAGAGAGUAUCAAGGUUGUGGUUCGAGCUGCCCGAUCAGUUGUCAAACUCGCAACAAUCCAAGAUGUCAUGAGAGAUGUGUGACGGGUUGUUUCUGUCGCGUUCCUUUUAUUCUUGAAAACUCUGAAGAUCCUCUCAAUUCAAAAUGUAUUCUUGCGUCAGAAUGUCCACCUGUAGUUCCAAUACUCCCUGUUAAUCAACAUUCGAUGAGGGACUCCUACUCACAGUUUCCUAUAAUAGCAAAUGAGAAAACCUAUAACCCUUAUGCUCAAUAUUAUCCAGCACAUUCAAGCACAGAGAUCGCGGUUAUCCCUAAUACGAAUCGUUGCGCCGACUCUCUGAAGAAUUAUUUGAGUUGCGGUACCAAAUGUCCAGUGGGAUGUAAUGCUGUAUCACCCUCAGUAAGCUGCACUCUAGAUUGCGUACCAGGAUGCUUCUGUCAUGCACCCUACAUACUUAUUGAUGCUUCGGAUCAUCAAUCGGCUUGCGUUUUACCGCAGAAUUGUCCUAGAGUAGACUCUUCUCAUCAUACAUGUGCUGAUCCGAGGAAAGAGUAUAGUGUUUGCGGAGCUGGAAGUUGCGCUCGAUCUUGCUCUAAUUUAUUAGGAAGAUGUGAAUCUAGUCAGUGUUCAUCCGGUUGUAUAUGCAGGGAGCCUUACGUACUUCAGGAUCCUGAGGACAACAAUUCCCGUUGCGUUUUACCAUCUGAGUGUGAAAGAAGAUGCGAAGACCCAAUGAAGGAAUUCAUAACGUGUGGUUCAUCGUGUCCGAUGGCUUGUGAUAACAGACAUCCGAAAAGCUGCACUCCCUGCCAAACUGGUUGCUAUUGCAAAAAUGGUCUGGUCUUCAAAAAUUCGUCUGAUUGGCAGAAUUCUUCUUGUGUUAGGAUUGAUGACUGUCCUAAACUCAUCGAAGAGACCAUUGAGGAUUUGGCAGCCACUUCUACCUCUUCUUCAACGGAAUCGUUGACCACUCGCAACUCAGAAACAUCGGUGACAACGACAAUUGAGAAAUUCACAGAAACUACUCAAGAGGUUACAACUUCUUUGACUGGUCUCAUGAUUGAUAAAACACUGGCUAUAGUGCCAUCAUUAUCAGCGAAAAAGGGUUUCUCCGACAACUGUCCGUCUACAACUCUCGAUGUUGGUGGGAGAAGUUGCAAUUCAGAUAGAGAUUGUCCGAAACAACAACACUGCUGUCAAGCUCUUAUCGCUUCCUUAGGAGUGAACCCGCAACGAUGUUCGUGUGGAGAUCCUCUCGCUGUCUGGAGCACUUGUGGCAGCUUGUGUCCCGAAUACUGUGGUCAACCAUCGGUCCCUGUAUGUUCCUCAACUUGUAAUCCUGGUUGUCAAUGUGCUAAUGGAUACAUUCGAGCACGGAAUGAUAUAACAGCGCCAUGUAUUCCGAGAGAAGCUUGCGAAAGUGCCAAAGAUGCGUUUCAAUUGAAUGACACUCCUAGAGCUAUUAUCAAAGAAAUUCCAACCAUUCAAGCGACUCCUGAGGAAACAAGUAAUAGACUAGUCGCAUCUGCUACGUUGGAAGGACAAAUACUAUCAGGUCGUUUAAACUUCAAUAAAUCUAUCAAUGGACAGCUGAGAAUAGAAGGCAAACUUGAUGGUCUGCCACCUGGACAUCAUGCUUUGAUACUGCACAAGUUUGGUGAUUCGACAAGAGAUUGUUCUCGUAUUGGACCUCCACAUCUAAUAACAACGCUGACAGAGUCUAAUCCGGCAAUAAUUGACAUAGAUGCUUUAGGCUCCAACAUAGGGCUAUUAGAGUUUUCAUCAACAGUGAAUUGGCCUUUACAAGAGAUUAUUGGAAGAUCUGUAGCAAUAUACGGAAUGAGUAGAGAUGAAUGGUUGAACAAACCAUUGGAAGAACGACCUCUAGCCUGUGCUACUGUUGGGCUGACCUAUGCAUAA